AGGCUGCUCACUGAGCACCGCACCCGGGGAGUGAGGCGGCGCGGCGGGGCGAGCGGACCCUGACCUGACACAUACACGGCGCGGCCAGGACGGCGAGCGAGCGGACGGGGUAGUGCGGGGCGCAGCCAUGAUCACCUCAGCCGCUGGAAUUAUUUCUCUUCUGGAUGAAGAAGAACCACAGCUUAAGGAGUUUGCACUACACAAAUUGAAUGCAGUUGUCAAUGACUUCUGGGCAGAAAUUUCUGAGUCUGUAGACAAAAUAGAAGUUUUAUAUGAAGAUGAAGGUUUUCGGAGUCGGCAGUUUGCAGCCUUAGUGGCAUCUAAAGUAUUUUAUCACCUGGGGGCUUUUGAGGAGUCCCUGAAUUAUGCUCUUGGAGCAGGUGACCUCUUCAAUGUCAGUGAUAACUCUGAAUAUGUGGAGACUAUUAUAGCAAAAUGCAUAGAUCACUACACCAAACAGUGUGUAGAAAAUGCAGAUUUGCCUGAAGGAGAAAAAAAGCCAAUUGACCAGAGAUUAGAAGGCAUUGUAAAUAAAAUGUUCCAGCGAUGUCUAGAUGAUCACAAGUAUAAACAGGCUAUUGGCAUUGCCCUGGAGACACGAAGACUAGAUAUCUUUGAGAAGACCAUACUGGAAUCGAAUGAUGUUCCAGGAAUGCUAGCUUAUAGCCUCAAGCUCUGCAUGUCUUUAAUGCAGAAUAAACAGUUUCGGAAUAAAGUACUAAGAGUUCUAGUUAAAAUCUACAUGAACUUGGAGAAACCUGAUUUUAUCAAUGUUUGUCAGUGCUUAAUUUUCUUAGAUGAUCCUCAGGCCGUGAGUGAUAUCUUAGAAAAACUGGUAAAGGAAGACAACCUCCUAAUGGCUUAUCAGAUUUGUUUUGAUUUGUAUGAAAGUGCUAGCCAGCAGUUUUUGUCAUCUGUAAUCCAGAAUCUUCGAACUGUUGGCACCCCUAUUGCUUCUGUGCCUGGAUCCACCAAUACGGGUACAGUUCCGGGAUCAGAGAAAGAGAGUGACUCAAUGGAAACAGAAGAAAAGACAGGCAGUGCACUUGUAGGAAAGACGCCAGAAGUGAGUCCAGAGCCCAAGGACCAGACUUUGAAAAUGAUUAAAAUUUUAAGUGGUGAAAUGGCUAUUGAGUUACAUCUGCAGUUUUUAAUACGAAACAAUAACACAGACCUUAUGAUUCUAAAAAACACAAAGGAUGCGGUACGGAAUUCUGUAUGUCACACAGCAACUGUUAUAGCAAACUCUUUUAUGCACUGUGGCACCACCAGUGACCAGUUUCUUAGAGAUAACUUGGAAUGGUUGGCCAGGGCCACUAAUUGGGCAAAAUUUACUGCUACAGCCAGUUUGGGUGUAAUUCAUAAGGGUCAUGAAAAGGAAGCAUUACAGUUAAUGGCAACAUACCUUCCCAAGGACACUUCUCCAGGAUCAGCCUAUCAGGAAGGUGGAGGUCUCUAUGCAUUGGGUCUCAUUCAUGCCAAUCAUGGUGGUGAUAUAAUUGACUAUCUGCUUAACCAGCUUAAGAAUGCCAGCAAUGAUAUCGUUCGACAUGGUGGCAGCCUGGGCCUUGGUUUGGCUGCCAUGGGAACCGCCCGCCAGGAUGUGUAUGAUUUACUAAAAACAAACCUUUAUCAGGAUGAUGCUGUGACAGGAGAAGCAGCUGGCCUGGCCCUAGGCUUGGUUAUGCUGGGCUCUAAAAAUGCCCAGGCUAUCGAGGACAUGGUUGGCUAUGCACAAGAGACUCAACAUGAGAAGAUUCUGCGUGGUCUUGCAGUUGGCAUUGCAUUAGUAAUGUAUGGGAGGAUGGAAGAAGCCGAUGCUCUCAUUGAAUCUCUCUGUCGCGAUAAGGACCCAAUUCUUCGACGGUCUGGAAUGUAUACCGUAGCCAUGGCUUAUUGUGGCUCUGGUAACAACAAAGCUAUUCGACGCCUGCUGCACGUUGCUGUAAGCGAUGUUAAUGAUGAUGUCAGGAGGGCAGCAGUAGAAUCACUUGGCUUCAUCUUAUUCAGGACCCCUGAACAGUGCCCCAGUGUUGUUUCUUUGUUGUCAGAGAGUUACAACCCUCAUGUGCGUUAUGGAGCUGCAAUGGCCCUGGGGAUCUGCUGUGCUGGUACAGGAAAUAAGGAAGCAAUUAAUCUGCUAGAACCAAUGACAAAUGACCCUGUGAACUACGUGAGGCAAGGGGCUCUCAUAGCUUCAGCUCUCAUCAUGAUCCAGCAAACUGAAAUCACUUGUCCAAAGGUGAAUCAGUUCAGACAGCUAUAUUCCAAAGUUAUCAAUGAUAAGCAUGAUGAUGUCAUGGCCAAGUUUGGUGCUAUUCUGGCCCAGGGCAUACUGGAUGCAGAACAAGAAAGGGUUUCCACCGCUGUGUUAUCUAUUACUGCCAAGGCUAAAAAGAAGGAAAAAGAAAAAGAAAAAAAGGAGGAGGAGAAAAUGGAAGUGGAUGAGGCAGAGAAAAAGGAAGAAAAAGAGAAGAAGAAAGAACCUGAGCCAAACUUCCAGUUAUUGGAUAACCCGGCUCGAGUUAUGCCUGCCCAACUUAAGGUCCUAACCAUGCCAGAGACCUGUAGAUACCAGCCUUUCAAACCACUCUCCAUUGGAGGCAUCAUCAUUCUGAAGGAUACCAGUGAAGACAUUGAAGAGCUGGUGGAACCUGUGGCAGCACAUGGCCCAAAAAUCGAGGAGGAAGAACAAGAGCCAGAACCCCCAGAACCAUUUGAGUAUAUUGAUGAUUAAGGACCAGAGGAUCUCAUUUGCUCAUCUGAAGAUUGUCCAGGCUCAUGUUGGAAAUACCUAUGAGGAAAUUCGUGCAUGUAUCAUUGCCUCUGCGCUGACCCAAAGAAUCCUGUCUCCAAGUCUUUGGUUGAAGAGAAGAUAUAUGACUAUUUAGUGUACUCUUUCACAGAACCUGGUUUCCAAAUAAAUAUAUUAAAAUCUCCAGAUUGACAA